AUGUCGGGAUAUGCCAAACUGGCGUUUGACUCUACUUUCCCUACAAAGGUGCCUGCGUUGAAUGAAAAGUAUUGUGAUGCGCAAUUCAUGUGCGUGGCUAUCGUGAGCCGUGUUCGCGCGUUUCUAAGACCCCCUGCUCUUGGAAGGGGUGGAGCAGACGCGUAUCCGCAGAACAACGUGCAGAGAACAGUAAUCGCGUGGUAUUUGGCUACGCGCACAUGCCAAGUGCUUAAAGCGCAGACGCUAGAGAACGACACCGGCCGUUGGCACCCCGCAAACCUUGUUGAGGCUUCCGGUGCGUAG